UUGAAAAAUAAGAAGAAAUUAAAAUUGUAUUUUUCAUUUAAAAAAACAAUUUCUGUAUUUCUAUGUAGGAGCAGCAAGUGAGGGUGCAGAAAGCUUUAAUAAAGCUUUGUUGUCUCUACUGUUACAUACUGCUUUACAUUUCUUCUGAUAAGGGGUGGUGCAAAAUUAGUUUAUAAUGACUGAUGUGCUUAAUACCCACAGCUUUAGUUACAUCUUCUGUUGUGCUUCUGUGGCAGGGACCUCUGCAUGGAAAGUGUACCAAGUGCUUCAGUUCAUUGCAUUUAAUUUUCUGCUGUUGCUCUUGUGGGGUAGCAAUUUUGGCAGACACCGUGGAUAAAUACCAUGUGAAGUACUUAAAUCACAAGAGGCCCUUGGUUUUGCCUCAAGAGACCGGUUUUGAAAUAAUUGCCAGAUAAAUUCUCCAUUAUGAAGACAAAAGUCUUGUUUUUCUUGCUUCUGUUUUUGCCUUUUAUACUGGUCCAAGUUUCAGAGCCAUCCUCAGUGCUCAUAGGUCUGAGCUUGCAUUCUUCGGUUAUCAGUUAGUUAGGCCAGUAAUACUGCUCUCUUAAGAGAGCUCUUAAGAUUAAACAGGAUGCAAGAUUUACUUUGAGAUACUAAGGUUUUAUUAAUUCAGUAUAGGUGUAUUCUAGGAAUGGUGCAAGUUUUGGGUAGCUGACAGAAACAUGGUUUUUUUUAAGUAUCCUUCAGAAAAUUUUUUUGCCAGAUGUCAGUGUAAACCUUUAUGUGCAUUUACUUGCCUGUUACUGCUGAGUUGGCUUUGCCCUUCAUCUGAAAUGUUUCCCUUUUAAUAUAUUUCUCAGGUUAAUUGCCCUGGACCCAUUAAUUUGUAUAUUGAUAGUAAUAUUCUUUUUCAUUAGGGAUUUAAAAAAACAAACAAAAUACCACCACCAGAAAACUUUGUGCUGCUGCUCUGUGUUCAGAUGCUUUUUGCAGCAUAUCACUGAAUAUUUGGGUUGAGUGUCCUGUACCUACUUGGAUUCUCUCGCUUAUUGUUGAUAAAAAUGAUAUGGUGGUGUGGUCGCUUUAGAGACUGACAUGUUGUCACUUCUUACACACUUGCCUCUAAGUCUUGAUUCAGUCAGUAUGUGUAUGCCUGAAGGAGCUUCAGUAGCUUUUGGGGAGCUUCCUAGCACUGAAGGCUAAGGGUAAAUUACAACAUGCAUCAAGUGCUUCUUGCAGAUGUGUUGAGUGCAGGCUACUAGACCAACAUGCUGGAAGCCCUUCUCUCACGUGCAGUUUGGUAGCCGUGCUGGUGUAGGAGACACUGUCUUGAAUCAAAAGCUAUUGUGAUGUCUGCAUGCUGUACCUGCCAUGCAGAUAGGCUAUACAGGUACUUUUCUUUAACUAAGAAAGCUGUAACAGCUCUAGGGCCUAAAGCAAAGUCUGAGAGGAGAGUUUUUGCCUGUCUGGACCCUUUAGGAUUAGAUCUUCCAGGAUUCUGCUUGUUUAUGAAAUUUAACAUCUAUUUCCAUCCAAAAAAGCAGCUCUUCCUGCCAAAUAUGCCAGUGUAAGAACUGUUGUCGUAUAGUCUCCCAGUCAAUGCAGUUACUGUAGGUAGGGUGUUGUUUCUGUUCUACAUUGGGCAGCUGCCUUUUUAGAAUACCUUGGACACUGAAAGUUUAGUUUGUUUUGUGUUUUUUUUGUUUGCUUCUGUUUUGUUUUGUUGGUUUUUUUUUUAAGGGAGGAUUAAUUAGCAACAGUGUAUUGACAGAGCGUUUUCUCAUUUUCUGACCAUUGUAUUGUGUUGUGUGUAUUGCAGACCUUGUGCUGAGCUGAUGAUCAGAUAUGUGGUGAUUGACUUGAGUUUUGAAUAUCUGAAAUAAAAACCAUAACACUUGAACAUGUAGCUGUGUCCAUUAUGCGAUGACUAGGAUAGCAGUGGCCACAUUUUUCAGCAGGGUCAUGUCUGUUAUCCACCAGGCUUAAAGAAAUUGUAGUAGGUGACUAGAUGCUGUAUUAAUUACAGCUGCUAUAUUCAGAUGCCUAGAUCUAGACUGAGUUAAAUGACAAAACAAAAUCCAUCUGAAAUUCUUUCAUCAAACUUAUUUAGGUGGGAGUAGUGUGAAGAGAUGCAUCUUGUUGUCUUGCCGUGAGAUCGGCCAAGCAGUGGAAGGGCUCCCAGUGUCUGGGCAUGCUCUGUCCAUGAAGAUCUUCAAGAUAUGUCUGGAUAAAGCCCUGGGUGACCUUAUCUGAGCUUGGAGCUGACCCUGCUGUGAGCAGGGGUUGGACUACAGACCUCCCAAGGCCUCUUCGAACCUGAAUUAUCCUGUGAUCCUGGAUUAGGACCUGGUUAUGCUAAGUGUUAUGCAGAAGGGUGUUACACUGACCCUAAUACCCUGUCCCAAGGUCAUCCUGGCAGCUAAAAACCUUUCUUAAAGUAAUACUCACAGAACUUGUUUCAGCUGAUGUUAAGCUGCCAGUGCCCAUUUUCUUUAUCUGAGACAGAUCUGCCUUUUUCAUUUGCAAGCCUUUUCCUGUCAAUUUUGCUAAUCACUGUUUUGGAUUAAUAAUAUUUAUAAGCUUCCACUCAAAUUCUCACUAAUUGUGAAGUAAUACAUAGUGUAAGUAGAUAUGGAAGUGUGCACACAGAAAAGAAUAAAAGCAGAGAUGGUACCUGGAGGAUGCAUUCGUUCAAUGUGGCCAAAACUGUCUACAGGUGCAGCAGAGAUUUAAAAGAGAUUCAAGUAGUAAUUGUAAUUUGAAGGUGUUGCUGGGCUAAUGAAAGCAAGAUGCUUUCUUAAAUAAUACUACUGGGUCUUGGCAAUAAAGAUUGAGCUAGGGUAGCCUGCAGGAUGGGUGAGCAGAAGCAACUGAAUUAAAACAUCACUUCAGAAAUUUGAAUAAUAUUGCAAUUCUGAAAGAAGGAAACAUUUUGAAAGAUAUGUUUCAUAGAAGAUUGAACAAGGAGAGGGGAAGAUACAUCGGGCAUUUAAAAUAGUACUGAGGCUGAGUAAAUGCUUAAAGUUUGUGGAGACCCUAAUUCUGAGUUAAAUUCCAGUAGGCAUGAGAGAGCUGAAACUAAGAACAAGAUUGCCAAAAAAUCCUAACUUAAUUUUGGAGGUAGCUUUUGGGAUUUACCAGACUGCAGAGCAUCAGUUGCUUCAAAUAGCAGAAGGAAAAGUGAGACACAAUUCUCUUAAUGACGGGUGAUGUCAGUUUUGGUGAUCUUUACGUGCUAGAUGGUGAUAUCCUUGCAUUGUCAUUACAGCAAGCUGAGUAAGCAAGCUGCAGACCCUUUGGAAAAUUGAAAAGCAGUGUUAAAUCUCCCAACAAAGAGUCUGAAAAAUGCAGACAAAGCAAAUUUAUGUGAGUUGGCACAUGGAAGGCUAAUGCUUAAAAUGCUACUCUUUGGGCAGAGCUGCUGCGUAAGAAGUGAAACUGUUUUACAAAAGCCCAUCAAAAGGGACCAGCAGUGCUUUAAAAAAAGCUCUGUGUGUAACGUUCUGUACGAUUAAGAGGUGGAAAAGUUUUUUUUUUCUCUUAAACAGCUCCUAAGGCUAAUUCCAGCUGUUUGUAGUAGUGCCUUGAAUGCAGGCAGUGCCCUGGUUACGUGUGCAUCUGUGGCCAAGCGUAGCACCGGAUGUUGCCUAAAAGUUUGAAAGGAAAACCCAGCCCUGUGACCACAGGCGAAGUGCAGAUUAGAGAGAGGUUCAGUUGCUCAUAUUUCUGGAUGGAUGGUGAUAGCUCCACGACGGAUGCUUCUCAGUUAGGAAUUGCUGGAGAUUACAUUGGUGGUAGUCACUAUGUGAUACAGCCUCACGAUGACACAGAGGACAGCAUGAAUGAUCAUGAAGAUACAAAUGGAUCAAAAGAGAGUUUUAGAGAACAAGAUAUAUAUCUUCCAAUUGCAAAUGUGUCAAGGAUAAUGAAAAAUGCCAUACCCCAAACAGGAAAGAUUGCUAAGGACGCAAAGGAAUGUGUGCAAGAGUGUGUAAGUGAAUUCAUCAGCUUUAUAACAUCAGAAGCAAGUGAGAGGUGUCACCAAGAGAAAAGAAAGACCAUCAAUGGAGAGGAUAUUCUUUUUGCCAUGUCUACCUUGGGGUUUGAUAGCUAUGUUGAACCUUUGAAGUUGUACCUCCAGAAAUUCAGAGAGGCAAUGAAAGGAGAAAAGGGAAUUGGGGGAACAGUUACAACUGGAGACGGUCUAAGUGAGGAGCUCACAGAGGAAGCAUUUACUAACCAGUUGCCAGCAGGCUUAAUAACUACAGAUGGCCAACAGCAGAAUGUUAUGGUCUACACGACAUCAUAUCAACAGCUGUCUGGUGUUCAACAAAUUCAGUUCUCAUGAUUUGAAGAAGACUUUGGAUCUGGGAACGUAAGAUGGAAAAGCUGUGCAACUCUAACGAAGAGGCAGUUUUAAUGACUGGUGAAGAGAUUUAUCUCUUUGUAUAUUAAAUAGCUGUAAUGUAGCUACCUGAAGCUUGACUAACUGAGGUGUGAGUUCUGACUCAAAUCUUUUUCAUGAUGAUUUUAAAAACAAAAUUGGAUUUUAAAGGUAUUAAAGUAUUUUUGUUUUGUACAAGAGUUUGUUGCUCUGUAUAACUCCUGUAUGCAUUGUAUAUUGCAAUUUAUUACUGUCAGAGAUUUGUAGACAGUUUCUUAUUUUCAUAUUGAAUCAUGUUACUUUUGUAAUUCAGGUAAACAGCUGGGUUAAUUCAUGUUUACCCUUUGAAUAAAAUUGUAAGGGUAAAGUUCACUUUUGAAUGCAAGUUGCCUUUAUUAUAAAGAUUGAGUUGGUCUUGGUUAUGUAACUUGUCUUGCAUGACAACCUCAACUAACUUUACAUGUCAGCAUAUUUAUUGAAAUUUUGAAAGGGACUUUUUCCUCAUGAAACUAGCAGCUCAGAAGAAUUGCUGCAACAGUUUUGUUGUGUUUUUUUUUAAUGUAACCAGAAUUAAAAGUUAAUCAAAAACAACCAAUGCUCUACUACAUUUAGAGACUUAGAGCUUAUCAACAGUGUUGAUGAAAAGAUGAACUGUGUGCGAUGCAGGUCUUCAUUUCAUUAUUUUAAGUUGCAUUAUCUCUCCUUAGACUUACAUUGAUAUAUUUAAGGUAGUCUUUGUGCUACUGAAAUAACUCUUCCUUUUUAGAUAUGGUUUUUAGAAUCCAAAACUUAGACUUUUGGGGUGUUGGGGGACACGUGGAUUUUAUAGUCCUUGUGGUAAAAGAUCUCAUUUUAACUUUUUACAGAAAUGUUUUAAGGUUUCUUGUGGGACUGUGGGAACUCAACUGUGUUAGUGACUUUCUGUGUACAGGCUGCGUGUGUGAGUGUGUGAAUGACUGAAACUUCAAGAAGUGAUACAAAUCUGAAAUGGAGGACAGACUUCUAUCUUGCUGUCUCUUUCCUGGUUUUGCAAUAAACUCUACCUAUAUAAUGUAGUUCUGUAUAUUUAGUGAGCUGUUCUUAGUAACAUUGCUGGUUCUUUAAAAACUGGGUGGGUAAUUUUGUUAGAUGCAAUGUCUUAGCCUGUUAGGAUGGGGGGGUGGGGUGGUUUUAGUAAUAUAUCUUAUUCAUACUGAAUUUUGGGACCUUUGGUAUUUUUACUGUUUGCAGUGGACUGAAAUGUAAUAUAAUAACUAUCUUUUCAUAUACUUGUCAUUAAUUUAGGAAAACACACCUUGAAUCUGUUACCAUGUAAUUUCUUUCUGGUUUUGUCUUUUUUCUUUUUUUUUUUUUCUUAAAGAAAAAGUAGCAGUUUGAUACUGGGAGAAUACUUUAAAAUAAGACAUCCCAGAAACCUGAAAUAGCUAGUUCUUUGUUAAACAAAACUUUUAUGUAUGUUCAGAUUUAAACAGUGUUUCUUACAAAUCAGCAUCAUGCUGGCAGAGCCUCUGGAGGCAAUCCAGUGUAUUCUGUGGUGAUGGGGGCAGAAGUGCUGGGUUUUGUGGCAGUCUGUCAUUCUUCAGCAGCUAUGACCGAACAAAUGGAGUUUUUCAUUAAAUGUACAAAUGAAUAACACAAUCACUACAUGA